AUGGACUUCGAUUUGGACGAUCCCCUAGGAAGCGAUGACAGUUUUUUCGAAGAACCCAAAGCGCUGGCGAAACGGCCGAGCGUGUCGAAAAGCCCGGAAAAGAAGACCCUCGACAGUUUGCUGGGCUUCACGUCGAAAAGCGCCGAAAACAUCCCCCGAACGGAGACCGCGGAUUACGUUAAACCCAAGUCGACGGUGACUUUCGAAGAAACGGGCGGCAACAAGAAACCCAUGGAGGAUUGGCUGUUGGACUCUUCGAAGCCGGAUAAGCACAAAAAGAGCGAUUUUCUGGACGAUAUUUUGCCGGUCAAACCCAAGCCCAAGCAGGACAAAAGGGGGUACUUCUUUGGAGGAUAUACUGAAGGAAAGCAAAGCCAAUCAACCGAAAGAAGACGGGGCCGAAGGGGCUCUGGGGUGGAGGACAACCUAGGCCUAGGUUUGUUCAACGAUGAUUACCAAUUCGGCGACAUUUACGCCAAGGAUAAAAGAGAAAUCAUCUCGAAACCCUCGGAUACGUCCACCAAGGCCACUAGCGCAUCAGGGGUUCCCGAUUGGCUGGGCGUCGGCUCCACCGUGAAAAAACCGGAAUCGCCCACUACCAAAAAACCCGAAAGAACUCAAAGCCAACCGCUUCUCCCGAAGGAAGAAACUUUAACUGUACAAAAAGAGGACCCUCCUGUGCAGCAAUUAGCACCACCGCCUCUCACGCAAACCCAACCGAAGGAUAUGACGCCGCAAAAUAUCAAUGCAGAAAUACAAAACACGUACUCCUCCCUGCACCAGCAGGAAUCCCUGUUGCUGGCCACUCUGCAAUUCAAGAAGUACGAGGAAACUCUCAAUGAGAUACAAGAAAAACAGCAGGAAAUUAUCGGUAAACAAGAUAGGAAUUUCCAAAAAUUCAUCGACGAAUACAUAGUAAAACAGCAAUUGGUGGAAAAUAACAUCAGGUUGCAACAAGAGAGGAUCAACAAGCAAAUACAAGUGUUAAUCUCAGGAUCUUUCCACAAGGCCAAGCUCGAGAAUGAUGCAACAGGCGAGGAAGACGAGGAGAAAGAGGAGAACGUGAAAAAAGAUACAUUUCACGAAAGUUUGAUUCAGAAAAUAAGGGCGAGACACGAGGAGGAAUUGUUUCUGAUGGAAGAAUCGUACAAAAAGCAACUGGACCUGAUCGAAAAAUCCUCGAGCAACGUGGAAGAGAGCCUGAAAAUCGAAAUGAAGAACGUCUCCGACCUGCUCGAAGGCAAAGUCAACAACAUCAAAGCGAACUACGAGGAGGAAAUCGCCUACUACAAGGAGAAACUCAAAUCGAUGGAGGAGCAACACGCCAAGGAGUUGAAGCUGGCGAAGGAGAUGCACGACAGGAGGUUCGAGGAGCUGAAGGCCGAGCAUCUCACGCAAAUCGACUACAUCAAAGAGAUGAAGGAGAAGGAAAUGAAGCUGAUCGACGAGGGGCAGGUGCUGUCGCAGAAAAUCGACAGCGGCAUCGCCAUGCUGGGCCAGAACGUUAAGAUCCUCUGCGACAUCGAGGGCAAGGUCAACCAAAGAUCCGACGUCGUGACUCUGGCUAGGGAACAGAGCCUGCAAUCGAAGGAGCAGGAAAUUGCAAUGAUGCGAAAUGCCCUGGAAAAAUCCAGAGAAACCGCGGAAAACGACAGAGCUCUUCUACUUUCUUUGGUUCGAAAUUUGGAAUUGAAGUUAGCCGAACAGAACGCCAACGCCCAAGAAGACAGAUGGGCCUUGCAGCAAGCCUCAGCAACCCUAAUAGGCAGAACCAAAGCCAUAGAAAGGGAAGCAGAAUACAACAGAGCCAUCAUAGAUAGAGAAAAGGACCAAUUAAAGACGCUCAAAGAAACCCUGCUGGCCGAGCAAGAGAAACUAAUCAUGCAACUGACGGAGGAGAAGCUGCAGCUGGCCGCCGAGAAGGCCAAGUUCGAGACGACCUCGAAGCUGACCAACAGCUACGAGGUGGAGCGCGCCAAGGCGGAGGCCGAGGCGGCCAUAGAGGAGGCCAAGCAGCUGUCCACCAGGCUGAACCAAGAGAGGCACGCGCUGCAGCGCCAGAAGGGCGAGCUGCAGGCGCUGCGGCACGGGCUGAGCGAGCGCGAGCGCGAGCUGGAGGACAAAGAGGCCGAGCUGGAGUACCUGAUGCAGGACGCGCAGAAGAAGCUGAAGGAGGACAAGCACGUGCUGGCGGAGGCCAAGAGGAUGGAGAGCAUGUACAAGGAGCGCAUGAAGGAGCUGCAGGGCCAGUGGGCGGUGUUGUCCAAAAGGGAGAAGAAGUUGGCCGAGGAGAAGAUGCAGUUGUCGAAGGAACGGCUGGCCAUUUAUACGUCUUUGAAGGCUUCGAAGGAUUGCGUGCUGUGCAAUGCCGGAGGCGAUUCGCAGAUCGGGAAAAUUCCUGGCGAUAACCACUUUAAUGCGAAGACGCCUGAUCUAUCUACGAUGAAAAUUCGUUAUGAUGCCAUGGAUGAGGAUGAAAGCGAAGUAAGCAAAGAAGGAAGCCGAGCAGAUAGGUGAACAAUAAGAUAAAUAUUUAGGUUGCAUCGAUUAAAUUAUCUUGUAUACAAAUUUCUUGUUUGUGGAAACGUUAAUUAAGUAAAAUAUACAAACUUUUGCA